AUGGUACGAGUAGAUGUACCACUCGACAGUACCGGCUAUUCUGAUUUUAUUGCACGUGUUUUUCCUCACAUAGAAUUUGGAUAUGUUUUCACUGAGUUUGAUCUAUUUUCACCUAAUCGAGUAGCACUGAUAGUUGCUAUUUCAUUUUCAUCUAAAACAUUUUUAGGUGAGAAUAAGAAAAAGAAUGUUGGAGGAAAAGGAAGAAAUGGAAAGGUUCUUGAAGAUAUUGGAAAUCUUAUGAUUAAUCCAGUAGAUCCUCAUUCUAAUAAGCCAAAACGCAUCACAAGAAAUCAAUUGGCUUCUAUUGCUCAAGCAGCAGAGAAGAACAAGAUAUUAGUAGCUGAGGCUGUCAAUGAAAACUUUGUUGUUGACAAGCUGACUAUUAGUAUCACGAUGCUUGAAAUUGGAAAUGGAUUGGAAGUUACAAUGUUGAAGAAAGAUGGGGCAUUAUUUUUCAAGUCCAAUACUGAUUAG